AUGAAAGUUAGAAAUUCUAUGAUUGGCCUGAAAAUCGUAGACGAACUGCUCAACAAAUCCUUCUACAAGCUGGGACUUGUGGUGGGCAAACAUCCCGGUUACUUCCUCAUAAUCCCCGUGAUGAUCACCAUUCUCGGAAUGACGGGAUAUCAAAGGGUACACAACAACAUUGAUCCAGAGUACUUGUUCAGUCCCAUUAAUGGAGAAGGAAAAAUUGAAAGAGCCAUAGUGGAAAAUUAUUUUAAAGUCAAUUAUACGAGUAGGUUUGACGUGGCAAGGAUAACAAGAGCAGGUAGAUUUGGCAGAGUUAUUAUCACGUCCAAAGAUGGAAACAAGAAUAUGUUGAGAGUCGAAGUCUGGAAAGAAAUUAGAAUGUUAGACGAGCUAAUACAAAACAUGACCGUCAUUUACGAAAACGAAUAUUUUACUUAUAACGACAUUUUGUGUGAAGUGGAUGACGGAAUGCUUCAAAACGAUAUUUUAAAUUUGGACUACAUUAUGGAGGACGUAAGUAGAAACAAUGAAUACCUAAUUAAUCGAAAUAAUAAUGUUGUGAAUAAAGUGGUAUAA